UCUUCUGUUUUGCGUCCGGAUCCCUGAGAACUUUGAAGAGGUUCUCACCGGGAAAGAGGGUUGUCGGACCGAGGCCAAUGUUUGCAGUGGAGUAUGAAGAUGUCGGAGGAGCGGCUCUUAGUUCCGGACAGCCUCUCUUCAAACCAGGCUGCGGCUCCAGCGCAUCUCUCUCCCCAGGCUUCCCCGAUGGAUAAAAAUGCAGACCCUGAAUUGAUGCCACCUCCAUCAGGGGAUAACCAGUCCCGGAUGUCCUCAGAUUCUGUUUCUGCCUUAACUGUGUCCGAAGGGUUAGGGGAGGGGAACCCAGCUCCUCUCUCCACUCCCCUGGAAGCCGAGUUUAAUGCUCCUCGAAUCGAGGAGCAAGAACUUUCUGAAAAUGCGAGCCUUCUUGCAGAAGAAACGAACGGGCCAGAGUUGGAGUCUGGAGAAGCCAUGGAAGGUGUGUCUGAGGAACCCGCUCUCGACGAUGAGGGAGACACCAUUUGGAACUAUAGCUUCUCCCAGUUACCUCGAUUUCUCAGUGGCUCCUGGUCCGAGUUCAGCGCCCAACCUGAAAACUUCUUGAAAGGCUGUAAGUGGGCCCCUGAUGGUUCCUGCAUCUUGACCAAUAGUGCAGAUAACAUCUUGAGGAUUUACAACCUCCCGCCAGAGCUGUACAAUGAGGGGGAGCAGAUGGAGUAUACAGAAAUGGCCCCUGUCCUUCGAAUGGUGGAGGGUGAUACCAUCUAUGAUUACUGCUGGUAUUCUCUGAUGUCCUCAACCCAGCCAGAUACCUCCUAUGUGGCCAGCAGCAGCAGGGAGAACCCGAUUCACAUCUGGGAUGCAUUCACUGGAGAGCUCCGGGCUUCCUUUCGUGCCUACAACCACCUGGAUGAACUGACGGCAGCCCAUUCACUCUGCUUCUCCCCGGAUGGCUCUCAGCUCUUCUGUGGCUUCAACCGGACUGUGCGGGUUUUUGCCACAUCUCGGCCUGGCCGAGAUUGUGAGGUGCGAGCCACUUUUGCAAAAAAGCAGGGCCAGAGCGGCAUCAUCUCCUGCAUAGCCUUCAGCCCAGCUCAGCCCCUCUAUGCCUGUGGCUCCUACGGCCGCUCCCUGGGCCUUUAUGCCUGGGAUGAUGGCUCUCCUCUCGCCUUGCUGGGAGGGCACCAUGGGGGCAUCACUCAUCUCUGCUUUCAUCCUGAUGGCAACCGUUUCUUCUCAGGAGCCCGCAAGGACACUGAGCUGCUUUGCUGGGACCUUCGGCAGCCUGCUCAUCCUCUGUGGUCUCUAAGUCGAGAGGUAACCACCAAUCAGCGCAUUUACUUCGAUCUGGACCCGAGCGGGCAGUUCCUGGUGAGUGGCAGCACUAGCGGGGCUGUCUCUGUGUGGGACACCAGCUGGGCCUGUGAUGAUGAGAAGCCAGAGCCCGUGCUGAGUUUUCUGCCCCAGCAGGACUGUACCAACGGAGUGAGCCUGCACCCUAGCCUUCCUCUGCUGGCCACUGCCUCUGGUCAGCGUGUGUUUCCAGAGCCCACUGAGAGUGGAGAUGAAGGGGAGCAGAAGUUGGACCUUCCUCUGCUCUCCCUGUGCCGUGCCCACCUCGAAUGUCGGCUUCAGCUCUGGUGGUGUGGGGGGUGCCCAGACCCCAGUCACCCUGAUGAUCGGGGGGAGAAGGGACAAGGAGGGACAGAGGGUGGUGGGGGUGAGCUUAUAUAAAAGGGUUUU